ACGUAAUCGAUUUUGCACAGGUGAUUUUUUUAAUUCAUCAACAUAAAACAAUUACUGUACUGUACAUACAAAAUUAAAAGGCGUUAUUAUGGGCUAUUAUAUCAUAAAUAUUAUUAUAUAAAUAUAAAGUGAUUUAUUUCAGGUUAUGAUACAUUAAAGAAGCAAAUAUUUUGAUGGCACAUGGCUUGUUUUUGGUUAAAUGCAAAGGAAACCACAAUAAACAUAUUCACCACUGAAGAAAUAAAUAAUGUAACUUAUUAUAAUAUUAAAGUUUCUGUAGGCGACUGUAAUUGGAAGGUUGCUCAUCGUUACAACGAAUUUUACGAACUCCACAAUCAGCUUGUCAUUGACCAUGGUGUGUCCAAAGACAUUCUGCCCUCAAAAAAAGUUAUUCGGAAUAAAUGUCCCAUUUUUAUCGAAAGUAGAAGAAAAGGCCUGGAAGAAUAUUUACAAAAAACUCUCGUAUUUUUAAAACGUACCAUGCCAAAGAGUUUUGUUGAGUUUCUAGAGUUCAACCUUUAUGAUAUUUUCUUUCUACUCCAAGAUCUAUCUGCAAAGUUAUUUUUAGAAUCUGACCAAAUUCUCUCGAGCAAAAGUACCUACUUCUUUACAGUUUUAGAACUGCAUGCUUUAAGUGAGUUUCUAAAGAAACCUCUAUUAGAUCAAACUGAAACCAGAUUUGAUAUUAGCCCAGUGGUAGAUCUAUGUUCCCAGUUGAGUUCUAUUACAGUUAGUGGAGAUUCUAAACCAUAUUUAGGAAGCAAUAUUAUUUUGAAUAAGUUACAAUUUGAUCUGUCACCCUUUAAAUGUUUGAAAGUAUUAUAUUUGAAACAAGUUGCAUUUGAAAGCCUAAAUUCUCUUGGUAGUAUAAGAUGUACUGUACAGAAACUUCAUGUCAAUCACACAAAUGCCACAACUAUAUCUCAAGUUUUGCAGUGUGAUGUAAUUCAUAAAGAUAACAUUGAAGGCAGUCAGAAAUGGGUCUCCUUGGAAAUUUUGGAUCUGAACAGCAACAACAUUACAGAAAUUGAUAGUACAAUCAAAUUGGCUCUAAAAGUAACACAGCUAUCUCUAAAUGACAACAAGAUUUCCACUAUAACCAAUUUGUCUCACCUUCCAAAUUUAUCACAGCUUAAUCUAGCUAAUAAUUUAAUUUCAAUAUGUACAGAUUUGCACACAAGAGUGGGUAACCUAAAAACUCUGAACCUUUCACAAAACAAUAUUAACUGUUGUAAAGCUUUUAGCAGACUCUAUUCACUAGAAACACUAGAUUUAAGUUGUAAUAAGAUUAAUAAUGUUGAAGAUAUUCAGUUCCUAGGAGAUCUGCCAUGUUUGGAAAACCUGGUACUAACUGGCAACAAUGUUGCCACUGCUGUUGAUUACAGGGUAAAAGUAUUAGAGUAUUUUGGAGAUAGAGCAAAGAAUCUCUGUUUAGAUAAUGAAAAACCAUCGCAAGCAGAGCUUGAUAAGGUAUCAGUGCUCAGAGCACUGAGGAUUGUCAAGGAGGGAAAAACGCCCGAUUUAAAGGCUGGUUUUGCUAUUUAUUAAAGAAAAUUAACAGUCAAUAUUUACAUUAAAUGUCUAUAGAUGUAUCAAAUUAUUGUUAUUACCUUAUUCACAAAUAUUUGAAAUAUUGUAUUUAUACUCAUAUAUUUUGUUUACAAAAGUAUGUAAAAUUUUUGAUUAAUCUGUAUAUAUAUGAUAUUUUAUUGUUAAUGAAAUUUAAAAGUUAAUAUAUGGUGCAUGAAUGUUAAUAAAUA